CCCCCUUCCCCCGCGGCCCUCCCCAGCUCCGCGCGGACUCUCCCCGCGGCUCGGCCUCUUCCGGCCCGCGAUACGGCGGGAGGCGGAGCCCGGCGGGAGGGGUUGGGUCGGGGCUGUUGGUGCAAGUGUCCCGGGCCCGCGUCCCGCUGCGGCCGGCCGGCCGGCCAUGCUCAUCACGCUGUGUUACCUGUACCUGUGGGUGCGCUGGGGUCGCCGGCCGGCCGCGCUCGUGCGCACCACGGUGCAGCGGCUGCGCGCCUCGCGUUGCUCUUUCACCUUCUGCGGCGCAGCCGCGCGGCCCCAGGACGCCCGCGUGUGCCUGAGCCACCGCGGCCGAGUCUUCUGCGUCGGCGAGAGCCAGUCCAUUGAUGACUUGAACAAAUGGGCCCUGUUUCUUGUUUCUCCUUUUAUACUUGAAACAGAACACGUAGCAUUUGUGACAGAGAGCAUUUGGGUGCAAGGUGAGAAUUUACAGAGACCAUCUUCCUCUUCAGAAACGAUUGUGAAGUGGUCAGACUGUUGUUUGCCAUUAGCUUGCAGACCUGGGGAGCCUUAUCGAUUAAUUGCCAAAGCAAGUGUGGACGACUUCAGCAAGCUGGGGGUGGCAUUCAUGGAAGACAGACUCCAGAUGGCUAAUGGACUGGUACCCCAAAAGAUUGUUUCCGUGUACCUGCAGGACUCCGCUCUGAAGGAACUUAAGGACCAAGCCACAAACGAGCCAGCCCAAAUCCAGUGGCGGAGCCCCGAAUCUUCUGUGGAGGGUGAGCCGGAGCCAGACGUUAUGGAGCAGGUGGACAAAGCUGACCCUGAGGUUCUUGGUGCAGAAUCGACCCAGGGAAAAGGCGGGGCUUCUGGGGGCAAGUCUGCUGGGGAGCCCAGCGAGCUCUGUCACCUUCAUCUGUCUAGUUGCCACAAGUGCUUAGAGCUUGAGAAAAUCACCAUUGAAUCCGUCAAGUUUGCAUCUGCAGAGAACAUUCCAGAUCUUCCCUACGAUCCCAGGGGCAGUUUGGAGGAUGUUGCUGAUGCCACCUGCCUGGAGAGAGAAGGGAGGAGAAUCAACCUCGUGGGAAAGGCACCCAACAUCCUCAUCUAUGUGGGCUGCGACUCCCAGGAAGCCCAGGACAGGUUCCAGCAGGUCUGGUCUGUCCUGGCUGACUGUGUGGACGCCGACAGCUACACGCUGUACCACCUGCCGGGGCAGAGUGCUCUCAGAGACCCGUGGGCCGACAACUGUCUGUUGUUGGUCAUUGCCAGCAGGGAGCCUAUUCCCGAAGACCUGCACCAGAAGUUCAUGGCCUAUCUUUCUCAGGGAGGGAAGGUGUUGGGCCUGUGUUCCCCCUUCACAUUUGCUGGCUUCCAGGUGACACGCAAGGACGCACUGCAGGACACAGUCCAGAACUUGGUUUUCUCCAAGGCUGACCAGAGCCAGGUGAAGCUCAAUGUCCUGAGUAGUGGCUGCGUUUACGAUGAGGGCCCCGGGGAGCCGCUCAGCCUGGGCAAGCUCCAGGGCCACUUGGAGAACGAGGAGAGGGACAAGCUGGUCGUGCAAGUGCCUUUUGGAACACAUGGAGGAGAAGCUGUUCUUUGCCAGGUGUACUUGGAACUACCUCCCAGCUCUUCAAUAGUGCAAACUCAAAAGGAUUUUAAUCUGCUGAAGUCCAGCAAUAGUGGAAGAUACGAAGUCCUUAAGGAGAUCCUGACCGCCCUCGGCCUAAGCUGUGACGUAAAACAAGUUCCUGCCUUAACGCCUCUUCACUUGCUGUGGGCGACGGAGGAAAUCCGGGAUCCUCUUAUGCAGUGGCUAGGGAAACAUGUGGGUCCUGAAGGAAUAAUAAAAUCCAGCAAACUCUCCCUGAAGUUUGUUCCAUCCUACACGUCUGAAAUCGAAAUCACCCCAACUACAGUACCUGUGGUGACUGACACGGACGCCUUCUCUUCAGAAAAUUUCGACUUAGAGAUCUACCGGCAAAAUUUGCAGACAAGGCAACUUGGAAAAAUACUGCUGUUUGCUGAAGUGGCAUCGACCACCAUGAAUCUUCUGGAUGGGUUGAUGUUUGAGAUGCCGCAGGAAAUGGGUUUAAUAGCCAUCGCAGGCCGACAAACACAAGGCAAAGGGCGAGGAAAGAAUGCAUGGCUGAGCCCCCCGGGAUGUGCUCUGUGUACCCUCCUGGUCUCCAUCCCACUGAAGUCCCGGCUGGGACAGAGGAUCCCAUUUGUCCAGCAUCUGAUGUCCCUGGCUGUCGUGGAGGCAGUCAGGUCUGUUCCUGGCUACCAGGAUAUCAACUUACGAGUGAAGUGGCCCAAUGACAUUUAUUACAGUGAUCUCAUGAAGCUUGGCGGAGUUCUGGUUAACUCAACGCUUAUGGGAGAAACAUUUUAUAUACUUAUUGGCUGUGGAUUUAACGUGACUAACAGCAACCCCACCGUCUGCAUCAACGACCUCAUCACCGCGUACAAUAAGGAGCACGGGGCAGACCUGAAGCCCCUCAGAGCCGAUUGUCUCAUCGCCAGGACGGUCACCAGGCUGGAGCGACUGAUCGACACGUUUCAGGACAAAGGGCCCAAUGGAGUUCUUCCCCUGUAUUAUAAAUACUGGGUCCACAGUGCUCAGCGCGUCCGCCUGGGCAGCGCCGACGGCCCGCAGGUGUGGAUCGUGGGCCUGGAUGAUUCCGGGUUCCUUCAGGUUCACCAGGAGGACGGCGAGGUGAUGACAGUGCACCCGGACGGCAACUCCUUCGACAUGCUGCGUAACCUCAUCGUGCCCAAACAGCACUAGUCCGCGCGCUGGAAGCCUGGGACCCACGCCCGCGCGGGACCCCGCCGCGAGCCUUCGCGUUCCGGUUCUGCCGCCUGUCCUGGCCCACGGAUCUGCAAAACCCAUUUGAGAGUUGUAGGCGAUGUUUUUUUCUCUCCCUCCAGUUAACCUGUGCAUUCUUUCAUUUUGCCCUGUCGGUGGCCAUUCCAUUCGGUGCUGGAAGAGGAUCCGGCUGGAGGGUUGGCCAGUGGAAGAUUUAGUGCAGGCGAAGCCCGAACGUGGCUGUGACGUUGUUCUCCCCUCUUGGGCUCGGCUGUGUGUUUAUGGCCCCACCCACAUCCCCCAAAAAUGUUUUUAGGUGGAAAUAGCAAUGGAAUAAUUCAAAUAUUUUCUCAGUAGUGGAGAUCUUUACCCCCAAACUACUAGAACGCAAAUCAAAACAGAAGCGUGGGGCCCGUGGUGACUUAGAGCUAUGGUGACGCUGUGUGUAAGCUAAGCACCCAGGGCGGCGGCCGCCUACGGGAACGCGCACUGGCACUUCUCCCUCCUUUUCUUUCUGUGUGAAUGAAGAAAAGAGAAGAUCAACUUCUAAGGGUUGCUCUCGACCUGAUGGUUUGUGGUCCAGUAAUAACGUCUAAUGGCUACAGAGAUGCGUCCAGCUGGUCCGGUUGCAAUGGUCUCAUAGAGGAAAUCAGUUAAUUACUUUGAGAUUCAUUUUUGAGCUCUCCUUUCAUAAGUUUAAAUUUACUGCAUAUUCUGAAGGGAUGGGAUCAAGUUCAAGAUGCUUGAAGGGUUGAUUACGCAUUGCUUGCUUGAAUGUGGGGGGCAGGAUUUGGCUGUAACAGCUGGAGAUGAAGGCUCUCUCAUACCACACGCAAGGCAGGAUUUGGAGCUUUCAAGCCCGGUUCAGGCACGCUUUGAAAUGUGGAACGUUCCUGCAAGACUGCGGUGCAAGAAUACAGAAGUACAUGGCAUUUUAUUUGUAAGUCAUUUUUUGUCCCCUUUUCCCCAUAUUGCCAAGAGAGAAAAUGUUAUUGAUACAAAAUACCAUUAUUGAAGAGGUAUUUUCAAUACCUCUAUGUGAAGGGAUGUGUGUGUGAGAGAGACAGAAAAAGAGAGAGAAGCUUUAAAAGACCUUCAAAAUCUGAUAAAAAGUCUCCAUCGAAGAACAAACGAAAGGAAGCCUUUUGAUAUACAUUUGCUAUUUCCAGAUGCACUCCAUGCUUUUUCCAUGUAACUCCUAUCUCUGCUGAACUUGUGAAUCAUACACAUUACUUUGGAGCCUUAAAAGGCCAAUUGUUGCCCACUUUUCUCUCUUCCUGCCAGGCCCAACUGAAAUUAGUGGAAAGAAAACUUGAUGGAGCUCUCAGCUUUGAACAAAAUCCCCUUCUUGUACACUGGUGCCAUCUUUAUCCAGUUCUUAGCUACUCAGGCUAAUUCCAGAAACUUGUGGUUUCCAGUAUAAAAUCUGCCUACCUUUAGCCAGGCACAGACAGCCCCACAAGAAGGGGAAAAAAAGAACAUGUUUAGUUAAGUACACCAACCCAAUAUGUGUUUUUUGGAAAUGUAACUUUUUAAAAGAACUUCAAAAGUUAAUUUUUGCAAAUAGGACUUCAAUUAGAAUUAUUUUUCUCCAGUAAUAAUAAUAAUAAUAAUAAUAAUAAUAACAACUCUCCUAAAUGCCCAAGUCUUGUUUUGGAGUUAGUGACAAGUUCAAGUAAAAGUCCACACCACCCCAAAAUUACAAAAUGGACUCACCCCUGGGAGGGCAUCUGCAAAACAUCAUCAAGAAGAAAGAUCUCAGGCGAAUGCUGCCAGUUUCAUUUCUCAAACUUUGUAAUAUAAGGCAAGUCAUCUCUCCGAGCUUCCAUCAUUACUUUUUGAAUUUCUUUGGGGGUUAUUUAAUGAAAAACAUGCUAUGUUUUGUUUUAAGCUGAAGCCCUAUUCUAGACAGUUCUGCUUCGGGGGAAAAAUGUUAUCAUUUAAUUUCCUUUCUGUAAAUUAAAACGAAUGAAGUGUGGCCGUGUCAAAGCAGAUAGAGACGUUGACAACAUGGCGCUUAGCCCCCUCUCGCACGACUGCUCUUACUGGUGCCGACAUGCAGCUGUCUUAAGGGAGACAAAAUGGACUUGAAGCAGAUGCUGUGUUUUUCAUAAACCUGAUCUUGCCUCAGAUGAACCAAAGACUUUUGAAACUCUGCUUCGUCUACAACAGCUGAAGUAAGGCACUUUACUUACAGCUGUCAGCAUCAGGGAAACCCAUCCACUUGUACACUGCACUCAUCAUUUGGGGUGUUGAUGCACCCGGCAAUCUUGAUCUCAAGGAGCUUUUAAAGUCUUAACAGAAACUGCGUGUUCUUCAUGAUUUUUAAAACACGGCCACUACACUCUGGAUUGCUGUGUGCUUUGAGGACAUCGAAAGGUCCCCCGGUUUAGAGGCUGUGCAGCGAGCAUUACCAGGUUAUGUAAAGGGCAAGACCUCUUCUCUUGUGGGCCAAGAGCAGAUUUCAGGGGAACUCUCCGGGAAGUGUCCACGAAAAUAGGACACAGCCAUGGCUGGGCUUCUGGUGGCCCUGCCAGAGCCGUGGUCCUUGGCAGGUCCUGGCUGCGUUCACAGGGCGUGGGCAGAGUAGGAUUUGUGUCCAGUGUAAAACAGUCCGUGGGGUUCGCUGCUGCAGCACUCACUUUGCUUGAUGUGGGAACAAAUGGUGGGACAUGAAGGGUAGGUGCAGGCUCAGAUCCCGUAGCACGCCCCGCCCCCCGACACACAAGAGGAGGUCACCCACCUGAGAGUCUGGGGGCCGGGAGAGCAGCAGCCUCACCCACUGGUUUCACAAUGCAAAAGGGAGAUAUUUUAGACUUAUAUUCUGCAGAUGUGUUCACUCUUACCAUGCAGGAAAUGGAGAAUCCUUAUUCCUGGGUAAUUACAAUGCAUAUUUGAACUAGAAGAAAGUGGCAGCCUUUGCAUUUUUAGCUUUUCAAAGAAUCAUCUGUGAAAAGUAAUUAAGCCAAUGCCUAUAAAAAGUAAGUCUACCAAAAUAAACUUGAAGACUUUCUACA